AUGUCUUCCGAUAGAUUCCUUGAACGAUUUCUUCGUUUAGAGUGUUUUGAUUGCGAAUUUAUUGUUGGAUCUCUAAAAGAAGUUGUCAAAGGACACAAGUUACUAUUUUCAGCGGCCAGUGAUGAGUUCAAAACUAUGUUCAACUGCGAUUUCAAACAUCAAACCCGAGUCAAAGUGGUUGAUUUGGAUCCGGUAGGAUUUAAAUCAAUGAAACAGUUCAUCUACUCUGGCGAGGUGAGUUUCACAUCAGCAAUUCAUGCUCUGCUAACAUUCGCGGCAGCCCGUAAAUACUCAGUUCAUGAUCUCGACGAAAAGUGUAUCAAAUAUGUAAUCGAAAACAUUCAGCCUUCGGAAGUGCUACAGUUCUACGAGUCCUGCAAGGCAUUACACAUUUCAGAAUUCGAUCAAUUAUGUUGCAAAGUCAUCCAAGAAAAGACUAACGAAGUGGUUGCUAGUGAAUUCUUUCUGUCAUCAAAAACUGAAACAAUCGAAUUGUUGCUGAAAUUACCUGGUUUGAAGUUGGAAUCAGAAAGCGAGGUGUUUGAACAUUUUGAAAGAUGGGCUCAAGCUGAAGCUGACCGCAAGAGCAUCAAUGUUGAUUUAAUGCCAUCAUACUUCAACAAUCUUAAAAAACACAUACGGUUUCUUACUAUGAACGUGAAAGAGUUUGCUUCUCGCGUAUCUGGGUCUUCGUUGAUGACUCCCGAUGAGAAAAAUGUUAUUCUACAGAACCUGAUGGAUUCCAACCCAGAGCCAAUGCCGACAUACCUCUCUAUUGAACAAGAAAUUCGCAAAUUCAAUGUUCCUCCUGCGAAACCAAAGACUUAUGUACAAGAUGGCGGCUGA